AUCAGUUGACAUCCCGUCUUCAACAGUGAUACCAGUAAGAAAAGAUUUACCACUAGAAAGAUGAUCGCCACGAGGAGGCUUACGUCUGUACUGGCUCUUGUUGCAGUUUUAUUCUGCUUGAUAAAUUUCAGCGAAGCUAAUUACAAGAACGCUCCAAUGAACGGAAUCAUGUUUGGAAAAAGGGUACCUUCAGAUUACGACUCCAGAGGUAAAGCAUUCACUGCGCUGUGUGAAAUCGCGAUAGAAGCCUGUCAGACUUGGUUCCCAUUACAAGAAAAUAAGUAGAUUAACAACGAAAAAAAUGGACGAAGAGAACAUAACAUAAAUCGACAAUUUUUAAUAUAUGCUCGCAAAUAAUUUGAAUAAACAAUAUAAAAUGCUUUAAAAUAUAUAUAAUUGUCAUGAUAAUUCUGUAGACUUAGAUGUAGUAUGUGACAAUUUAGGAUUUUCAAUAACCUUUUUAUUAUAUGACUGAUAUUAAAACAACAGUAAAAUGUUAGUGACGAA